CUAACGGCAAUCCCGCGGUACGUCAGUUACUGCUCCUCCUCUUUACUCUCUCUCUACUCUCCUUCCUUAUUUUCUCUCUCCUCCCCUGUUUCCGCACCUUCCUAAUUUCUCAUUAUUUUCUUUCAAAAUUUACCAUAUGAUAAGACUUCAUGACAUAAAAUGAAAUGGAAUAUGCAAUAAACCUAUGUGAUCCUAUUCUUGACAAUAUUAUCAUAAGGUUUGUCCUGCGGAAAUGGGGAAAAAAGGAGGAUGGUUCUCUUCUGUGAAGAAGGUCUUCAAGUCUAAAGACUCCUCGGAAAAAAAUAAGGAAAAAGCUGCCCAAAAGUGGAACAAUGAUGCACUAGAAAUUGUGUCCGUGGAGCAUUUCCCAACUGAAAGUUCCCCUGAUUACACCAAUGAUGACAGUGGUGGAACACCUCCUACAAGGGAUGACCGCACCCAUGCUAUAGCUGUUGCAGCUGCCACAGCAGCAGCAGCCGAGGCAGCCGUUGCAGCAGCUCAAGCAGCCGCUAAGGUUGUCCGGUUAGCAGGUUAUGGCCGUCAAUCUAAAGAAGAAACGGCUGCCACUUUGAUUCAAUCACAUUAUCGAGGGUACUUGGCUCGAAGGGCUUUGCGUGCAUUAAAAGGGUUGGUGAGAUUACAAGCAUUAGUAAGGGGACACAAUGUACGGAAGCAGGCCCAGAUGACAAUGAGGUGCAUGCAAUCUCUAGUACGAGUCCAGGCUCGAGUUCGAGCUCGGAGGCUUCAUUUCACCCAAAACCAUCAUCGCGAUAAUCAUGGUGCUAAUCAUGUCACUAAUGAUAAUUACGGUAAAAGAGACCAUUGUAACAGGUCGAACACGUUGCAAGAUCAACUAAUCACGUCGAUUAAGAGUCCAACAAAGAUUAAUUAUGGGAGUAAUAGUAAUGCUGAUGAGUGGGAUGGAAGGCAACAUAGUUUUGAGCGUAUCAAGUGGAGUUCUCUAAGGAAACAAGAUGCUGCCUUAAGGAGAGAGCGAGCUCUUGCUUACGCUUAUAAUUAUCAGCAACAACACCAUCCAAGCUAUCUAAUGCAAUCAGAUAAUCCUCCGAUGAAUGAAGCAAUGUUCUCAGCUUAUGCCAAUUCAAUGGACAAACCGCCGUGGGGAUGGAAUUGGCUAGAGCGAUGGAUGGCCACCCAACAACAACAACCAAUUCAAGUCUCAAAUAAAAUGAAAUCGGGACCAAAUGAGAGUACAUACGUAACAGCGGUGACCACUAGCACCGAUGAUGUCUCCGAGAGGACAGUAGAGAUGGACAUGGUUGAUCCACCUUAUCAAAGGUCAGAUAGGGAGUCUAGGCAGUCCAGUUUUGAUGGAGUUCCAAGUUAUAUGGCCCCAACACAAUCAGCCAAAGCCAAGGUUCGAGGCCUAGGCCCAUCUAAACAACGGGCCCAAUCUCCUUCUCCUUGGAACCAUCCUUCUCCAUCAGCCAAAAGGUCACCACUUGGGCCCAAUUGUGCGGACUCCUCUAGUUCUGGUGGUGGGUCGGUCCACUAUCAAUAUGCUCACACUCCAAGCCCAAAUAGUAUUGGGGAUCGAGGCCAAGCUCGAAAGAUUGCAGGGUACAGCCCAGAUUCUAAUGGUAGUAGUGAUCGAAUGUUCAGUAAUGGUUGGAGAUGAAGAUUUUAUUUUGUGUGAUGUGACCUGUGGACUUUUCUUGAACUUGAUUGCUAUUGUUGUUACAUAAUAACGUGAAAAUAAAUUUUGUACUUAUUUAUCAUAAUUAUAACACAAAUAUCUACCUAAUAUAUUGGAAUAUUGUGAUUUUCAGCUUGUGAUGUAGAUUUGUAAAUCGUUUAAAAGUGAGAAUAUGUUUUGUACUGCGUAAUAGUAAUUAUAUACAACUCUGAAGUGUGCUAGACAAAUGUGUUUUCUUUAAUGGUAUAGAUUCGAUAGUUAUGACAAA